GAGCAAGAAAAAACAGUCUGAAUACUAGUUCAGUCUCCGUGAGACACCUUCUCUGGAGCUGCAGAAGCCCGGGGCAUUCCUCGCAGUUUCUUAUCUGGGUGGUAAAAGCAGGAUGCAGCCUAAUUGGUUGCUGGUUCUCUCUGGUGAACACAGGAGGUUUCUGUUUUAAGAAAUAAAGUGACUUCUCAGCGGUUGAUUCACUGCCCCACGGGGAGACUGCUGAGCGGAGGCUUCCUCUCCGUGGAGAUUUGCAUACAACAUUCACUUCCUGCUCGAGAGCCUGCUCCACCACCUACCUGGACCUGGAGAGGGCGAGGGAGGUCUGAGCGGCCCAAGGUGGAUCCCCGAGAGCAGAGGCAGCGACCACCCCCCGGGCCCGUCUGUCGGUGGCGAUCUUAGAGACUAGAAUGAAUCGAAGCAUUCCCGUGGAGGUUGAUGAAUCAGAACCAUUCCCGAGUCAGUUGCUGAAACCGAUCCCAGAAUAUUCUCCAGAAGAGGAAUUGGAACCACCUGCCUCAAAUACAAGGAACACGGCACCCAGCAGCUUGUCUGUACUCCAAUACCCUCCCCUGAAACUUGCAAAUCACCAGCCCGUGUCACCACAGGUCACCUGCCUGCGUGCCAAAGUCCUGGAGGAGGGUGAAGCCAGUUUCGUUAGAAGGCACCCCGAUCUUGGGAAAGAUGUUUCCUCAUGUUCCUCUGAAGCCAGCGAGCCUGAGUCUGAGUCUGAGGAGUCUGAGCUUGGAGCCCUCCCUCCAGAGCACCGGUUUGUACUUAUGGAAAAACGCAGUAGAUGGCUGAGGUCUCAGCUUUCAGCAGCUUCUCCCAACACUGGCCAUGACUCAGACAAAUCGGACCCAAGUUUACCUAAUGUUUUGGCAGACUCCUCCAGUGAUGGCCAAGAGAUGAUGCCCCGGCCCCGGCCCCAUCCCUGGCCCCGGCCCCAUAGGAACAGGGCAGCCCCAGACGUGCCCACGAUAGACACUGGGUAUGAUUCCCAGCCCCAAGAUGUCCUGGGCAUCAGACAGCUGGAGAGGCCAUUGCCUCUCACUUCCUCAUGUUACCUGCAGGAUCUCCCUGGGCCUCUGAGAUCCAAGGAGUUUCCUCAGUUUGAACUUCAGAGGUUUCCAGCAAACGCACAGAUGCUGCCUCUCAAUCCUUCCCCACAGGCUCCGUGGAACUAUCAGUACUACUGUCCGGAAGGGCCCUAUCAUCACCAGGUGCCAUAUGGUCAUGGCUACCCUCCAGCAGCAGCCUACCAGCAAGUCAUCCAGCCUGCUCUGCCUGGGCAGGCCCUUCCUGGGGCAAGGGUGAGAGGCCUGCGCCCUGUGCAGCAGGUCAUCCUGAAUGACUCCAGCCCCCAGGACCAAGAAGAGAGGCCUGCACAGAGAGACUUCUCUUUCCUGAGGUUCCCAAGGGACCAGCUCUACCACCCUCUGGCUAACGGAGCUGGAGCUCCUGAGGAGUCCUUGGACCGUCCUGCAGAGCUGAGACCACAUGGUCCCCAGGCUCCAUCCCCAGCUGCUGUGCCUAGACCCCCUAGCCACCCCUUAGCCCGAGGAACUCUAAAAACCAGCAAUUUGCCAGAGGAAUUACGGAAAGUCUUCAUCACCUAUUCUUUGGACACAGCCAUGGAGGUGGUGAAAUUUGUGAACUUUCUGUUGGUGAAUGGCUUCCAAACUGCGAUUGACAUAUUUGAGGAUCGAAUCCGGGGUAUUGAUAUCAUUAAAUGGAUGGAACGGUACCUUCGAGAUAAGACAGUGAUGAUAAUCGUAGCAAUCAGCCCCAAAUACAAACAGGAUGUGGAAGGCGCUGAGUCGCAGCUGGGCGAGGACGAGCAUGGCUUACACACUAAGUACAUUCAUCGGAUGAUGCAGAUUGAGUUCAUAAAUCAGGGAAGCAUGAACUUCAGAUUCAUACCUGUGCUCUUCCCAAACGCCAAGAAGGAGCAUGUGCCGACCUGGCUUCAGAACACUCAUGUUUAUAGCUGGCCCAAGAAUAAGAAAAACAUCCUGCUGCGGCUGCUCCGAGAGGAAGAGUACGUGGCUCCUCCCCGAGGCCCUCUGCCCACCCUUCAGGUGGUACCCUUGUGACGACAGCCAUCUCCAGCUCAGUGCCAGCCUGUUCUCACAGCAUUCUUCCAGCAGAGCUGGUUGGUGGCACUCAGACCCCGGAACACCUCUUCUACAGAGUUCCCUGUCUCCUGAGUCUGAGCUGUCCUUGCUGGGCUUCCAGUGCUUCAGUGAGUCAAUACUACAGGUGCCAGCAGCAAACGCCUAUGACCACAAAGUCCCUCAUCACUUCAGCUACUUUUAUGAGUCGGCCAGAUGUUCUGUGUCCAUAGACCAAUCUGAAUCAUGCUCAAAUAAUAAAAUGAUUAUUCUUUGUAAGAACGUGUUUAUCUCA